AUGCAGCUCCAAGGCCUGGAUCCCGACUUGAUAGCCUGGACUGCGAUGAUGACGGCGUAUAACCAGCUCGGGCAUGCCAGAGAGGCGCUGCUUCUCUUCCGGAAGAUGGACCUCCAAGGUCUCGAGCCGGACAGGUUUGCAUUCGUCGCUGCUAUUGAUGCUUGCUCUAGCAUCCCGUCACUGGAGCAAGGCACUGUCCUCCACUCUCGCUUGCUAGCCUCGUCGGUGGAAUGCGAUGGUGUCGUCGGGAACGCGCUGCUAAACUUCUACGCCAAGGCCGGGCUUGUUCACGAGUCGAGGAGCCUCUUCUCGAGCAUGAAAGUGAAGAACGUCGUCACCUGGAGUGCCAUCGUCGCGGCCUAUGCGCAGAACGGCCACCACGAGCCGGCAGUGGAGCUCUUCCGGGAGAUGUUGCUCGAUGGCAUUGCCCCCAACAAAGUCACGUUUGUUAGCCUUCUCUUCUCGUGCAGCCAUGCUGGGCUCGUCGACGAGUCGCUCUACUGGCUGAGCUCGAUGCUGCCGGACUACUCCGUCAAGCCCCUGGAGCAGCAUUGCGUGUGCGUGAUCGACAUCCUGGGACGGGCUGGAAGGCUGGACGAAGCCCAGAAACUCUUGUCCGCUCGAAGUGACUUCGACUCGGAGCUCAUCCAGCUCGUCUCGGCCACGCUGCUCGGCUUUUGUAACGUUCAUGGGGAGUUUAGUCGCGGCGCUGGCAUCGCGGAGCAAGUCCUAGAGCUGGAGUCCGAGAAGGGACAGGCGUACAUCUCAGUGUCGAACUUCUACGCGACAACGAAAAAUCCAGGUGAGUGA